AUGUCCAAUUCCUCGACUGCUAGUUCGCCGGGCAUUAUCCACGACUUCCCAGGGGAUCGAAUCGAGGAUCACAUCAAUGGCAACGGCAAUGGCAAUGCCCACGCGCGUGUGCAGCCAAUGUAUAUCCCCCCGCCAUAUCUUCCCGGCGGGAAGCGAGCGAUUUCGGGCAUCUCGCUUCGCGCAUUUGCGUUGGGCCUUGCGGUGGGCAUCUCUACGGUCUUGGGAGCGGAACUGGCAUACUGGGCCAACGGAUUGUGGAGGGCACCGUGCUUUAUUGCGGUACUCGCGCUAUUCCACUAUCUUGAAUUCGACCUGACGGCCCGAUACAACCCGGCCGAUGCGUCCAUCUCUUCCUUCCUCCUGUCGUCCAAUGGCCUUGGUUAUGCUGCGGCGCAUACCUCGGCCAUGUUGGAGCUUCUCGUUCGAUAUUGGCUGUAUUCUAGCUACGCGCCCGCGUGGCUAAGCCUGCCAUUCCAUGUCCCACGGAUACUCCCGUCAUUUCCUACCUCCGUUUCAGUCGGGUUGGGUCUGACUUUGAUCGUUUUCGGCCAGCUCGUCCGAAGCGCUGCCAUGAGGACGGCGAAGACAAACUUUAACCACAUCAUCCAGUGGACCAAGAGAGCGGACCACGUCCUGGUAACUGACGGGGUAUACGCCUUUUCGCGACAUCCUUCGUAUUUUGGAUUCUUCUGGUGGGGCUUGGGGACGCAGGUGUUGCUCGGGAAUCGCAUUUGCUUUGUACUGUACGCAGUGAUCUUGUGGAAGUUUUUCCACCACAGGAUCAUCCAUGAGGAACAGCACCUUGUGUCGUUCUUUGGCCAAGACUAUCUCGAUUACCGCGAACGUGUUCCAGUGCGUAUUCCUUUCAUCCGCCGGCCUGGGUUUGGCAGCAGUCACAACGGUAUUCACCUUGACGGGAUGAUAGACCGGUGGGGAUAUUUGGUCAAGCCACGGUACAUCGACCGUUACAAUAGUAUCUUGUACGAAAUGCAGCAAAGCCCCCGCGCCGACGAUCCCCACAGCGAUACCCAGUACGCCAAUGCGACGCUGAUAUAG